AGAAGAAAAAAAAACGCUUAUCUACAUCUCUAUGUGAUCCAUUGCCGGAAGCUUCCCGGACAUGGCCAAAACAGAGGUGGCUGAUCCACCACCGCCGCCGCCCUCAAAUCUCAAUCUCACCGCCUCCACUUUCGAUUCCGGUGAUUUGGAUGACGCCCUCCCAAUUCCGGAAGCCACACCCUUUUUCCCAAAAGACGAGAAGAUAAUGGACGACUUCGACUUCGAUUUCUCCUUCGACGAUUUUUACCUCCCCUCCGGCGACUUUGAUUCUCUCAAUCACGAUUUUCUGCCAGACUCGCUCGAUCCGGUCGCUUGUGACCCGGUCCGGGAGCAGCACAUAGGUCCCAAUCGUUACGGGCAACCGGGCGCUGGUUGUGAUCCGAUCGGAGCAUUUAAGAAUUCUGCUUGCAUUUUCAAGUCGUCUUCUUCAGAAUUGUGCCAUUUCUCGACCGAUCAGAUUGCAGGAGAUGCGGUGCCUCUGAAUCCAUUCUCGCCCGAGCUGGACUCCAAUGUUUCUGAGAUUUUGUUUCUGAAUUCUCCAGAACCCGACCAGAAUUGGGGGGAUGUCUCCGGGUACCUGAAUGUUACAUCCCCCGAGUCGAACGGGUCUAACCCGGAUGCUUCUCAACCGUCCUGGAAUGAAAACCAAUGCUCAAGUGGUGGCGUGGUUUUGGAUUGCCUCUCGCCAGAAUCUCAGGGUUCAGGCAACUCCGGUCUCAAAGCAUCUCCUACACUGGAUCUUCUGUCCACAGACUCGGAGGAUAAAUCGGUAAAUUCCUCAACAGACUUUGGUAAUGCUAAUUCAAUAAAGACUGGUGUGGUUGAUCAGAAAUUCAAGUUGGGGGAUGCAAAUGCUAAUAGCACUAAUGUUAACAACUGUAGUAGCUCUAUGUUGAAGAGGAAAAAACAGAGUGAAGAGACUAACAAUGUAGAGUGUAGGAGUAGCAAAUAUAGAAAACCAGCUGACUGUAACAACAAUGAGAAUAACAGCGAGAGCAAUCGUGCUAAUAUCACUAGCGAAGAGGAAGAUAGAAGGAAGACAAGAUUAAUGAGGAACCGGGAGAGUGCCCAGCUCUCAAGGCAACGCAAGAAGCAUUAUGUUGAGGAGUUAGAGGAUAAAGUGAGGAAAAUGCAUUCAACCAUCCAAGAUUUGAAUGCCAAGAUAUCUUACAUGAUGGCUGAAAAUGCUAGCUUAAGGCAGCAGGUGGGUGGUAAGGGAGUUGCUAUUACACCCCAAAUGCCGCCCCCACCCCCAGGAAUGUAUCCACCUGUUAUCUAUCCGUGGAUGCCAUGUGCGCCACCAUAUAUGGUCAAGCCACAAGGGUCACAGGUUCCAUUAGUUCCGAUUCCAAGGUUGAAGCCACACAAAACAGCCUCUGCACCAAAGAAUAGUAAGAAAUCAGAGAAUAAGAAGCAAGAGGCAAAGACUAAAAGCGUUGCUAGCAUUAGUUUCAUUGGUCUGUUGUUUUUUAUAUUUAUAUUUGGAGGAUUGGUCCCCUCACUGAACGUAAGGUACGGUGGGAUGAGAGAGGCAUUCACACGGAGGAGCAAUGAUUAUACUGUUUAUACAUAUGAAAAGCACCCCGGAAGAGUGUUGGCUACUAAUAAUGGAAGUGGUCGUGGGGAGAGUUAUGGCGGGAAGUAUUUUAGCAACAUAACUCAUUCUAGUGGAGGGCAAGAUCACGGUGGAGGAGGAAAGAGACAUAGUGAGAAAGGCAAAGAUGAGUUUGUUCAAUCGGGUAAUGGUAGUUCACCUCUAGCAGCCUCCUUAUAUGUUCCGAGGAAUGACAAGCUCGUGAAGAUCGAUGGUAACCUGAUCAUCCAUUCUGUUCUGGCGAGUGAGAAAGCCAUGGCGUCUCACGGAAGUGAUGAAGAAAAGGGGAGGAGGCAAGAGACAGGUCUGGCAGUUCCUGAAAACAUGGCCUCUGCCAUAACGGGUGGAAGACAUCCUCAACUGUAUCAAGGUGCAGCUGAACGUCAUUUCGGUUCUGAUUCUAUCAGAAAGGACAACAUGAGGUCAACAGGGGCUGCUGAUGGUAUGCUACAGCAGUGGUUCAAAGAAGGCCUUUCUGGACCAAUGUUAAGUUCAGGAAUGUGCACGGAGGUGUUCCAGUUCGACGUGUCAUCUGCCAUAGUUCCCGCUAGCUCCAUGAGAAACGUGUCUCAGAAUGCCAAAAAGGGGAGAAACAGAAGGAUCCUUUCGGUUCCUCUUUCCCCAUCAUCUCACAACAUAUCCGGGGAAAGGAAGGGGGGAGGAGAUGAGCUGAAAGGGAACAAUUCGCUGGCUUCAUCAAUGGUUGUCUCUGUGCUUGUUGAUCCGAGAGAGGGUGGGGACGGAGAUGGCGAUGGGGUGAUGGGGAAGAAGUCACUCUCUCGGAUUUUCGUGGUCGUUUUGGUGGACAGCGUCAAGUAUGUGACUUACUCAUGCAUCCUUCCGCUGAAGGGAUCUGUCCCUCAUCUGGUGACUACCUGAGCAAGUGUUUGGUAAGUUAAACGCACCCGAAACAAUUUUGUAGAGAGCUCGCGGUGGGAUGAUGAUGAUGAUGAUUAUAGAGAGAAUGACACAAUUGGAAUACUUUAAUAAUACUCCGUAUGUUAUAAUAACGAAGCCUUUGAGCUUCUUCUUUGUAUCAGCUUCUUAUGUACUAAAUAGUACCCCUCGAGCUUAGCUUGAGGCAGCCAUUUAGUUCUAACUUUGUGUACGAGAACAAAUGUAAUUUCCAUUGUCUUUUUUUUUCCUUUUUCAGAAUAGAACAUGUACUCGUAA